AUGAUCUGGACAGAAGGUCUUGGAUUGGCUGUAACUCUCCUAUCCGUGUGGAAAGUAAGCGUGGUGGAGCACAAUAUUACCUCUGACAGCUACUUCUAUGAACUCUUCGAGCCAGUAUGUCCCUCGCCAAUUGGAAAUGGAACAGGGGAUUGGGCCGAAGCCUACGCUAAAGCGCGCGCAUUCAUUUCGCAAUUGACAUUGGAAGAGAACAAUAAUCUCACGUAUGGUAUAUCGACCACCUCCAAUGCUUGCUCAGGGGUGGUUGCCGGAAUCCCUCGUCUGGGAUUCCCUAGAUUGUGUUUUGAGCAUGCAGGAAAUGGAGUCCGGUAUGCUGACUUCGUGAAUAACUACCCCAGUGGGAUUCACGUUGGUGCGAGCCGGAAUAAAUCCCUUGCCUAUGACCGGGCCUGUGGUGUUAUGGGCGGGGAAGGUGCUAAGGGGAUGCAAGCUCAAGGUGUUAUUGCUAGUGUGAAGCAAGAACUCUACAGCAAGGCGGUUGAUGACGCCGGCAACUACACUAUUGAGGCUGUUUCCAGUAACAUUGAUAAUAAAACGAUACAGGAAUUGUAUCUCUGGCCAUUCCGUGAUUCGAUAAAGGCAGAAGCAGGGAAUAUCAUGUGUUCGUAUAACCGGGUCAACAAUUCCUUCGGUUGCCAGAACAGCACGACAAUGAACGGACUACCGAAGACGGAGCUCGGAUUCAGUGGGUUUACCGUCAGCGACUGGAAUGCACAACACUCCGGAGUCGCGGCUUCCAUAGCUGGACUUGACAUGGCCAUGCCAGACGGUCAAAAAUACUGGGGUAACAAUUUCACCGAAGCAUAUGCCAAUGGCGGUAUAUCUGUUGCCCAUCUAGAUAAUAUGCCAAUGAUCAUUUCAGCUUGGUACAAGAUGGGACAAGAUGGGGCUACCUACCCUGCUCCUGGAGUGGGUGUACCGUACAAUAUUCGCGCCCCACAUCGGAUUGUGAACGCCCUUGACACGGAUGCCAAACCAACACUUUUCGAAGGGGCAGUAGAAGGUCAUGUCCUUGUGAAGAACACGAACGAUGUUCUCCCGCUUAAAUCACCGAGCUACUGUCCGUCUUCGGCUACGACGCCAAAGCCCCUGCUCUCAGCUGUCUCCCAAGUCGAAGAGACCUUCGGAACCAUCAAUUUCGCAUCGACGAUGCUUGAACAACCGUAUGACUUCCAGGUUGCGUUCAACGGCACUGUCACCGGCGGCGGUGGCUCCGGGUCCAAUACAGGGCCGUACAUCAGUGCACCUCUUGAUGCCCUUCAACAGCGUGCUUCUCAAGAUAACACCGUCAUCAUGUGGGAUACAGAGAAUACCGACGACUAUAUGGCCCUAAUGGAAGGCUCUGACGCCUGUCUGGUGUUUAUCAAUGCAUUUUGCUACGAAAGUUCAAUUCCGUUUACCGACCAUCAAGUCAUGGAUAAUAGGAGAUAA